UUCAGCACAGCGAAACCUCAUACCCCAUUGACCCCAAUGUCCUCUACACCUGAUGACAACCAAUGACAAUCUCGUUCCCCGUGAUCCUGCGAUGAUUCCAUGGUUUGCAAAUUAGUACCCAGACUGCUAAUUUCUAAUGCGAACUGUUCUAACUAUGCACCGAAUGGUAAAUGGUAUACGGUCCUUGAAAUGGCUGAAUACAACGUCAAAACGUAUGAAGGUUGGAAUUUCAAAAAACCUGGAAGCUUUUUUUGCAUCCAGCUCAUCAGAUAACAUCACGAGAGAAAAUAUCUUCACGGACGAACACGUUGAACUACGACGUUCGCUAAAUAAAAUCAUUGAGAAAGAUAUAAACCCUUACGUGGACGAAUGGGAGGCAGCGUGUAGAUUUCCAGCUCAUGAGGUUUUCAAGAAACUUGGAAAUGCUGGUUUUCUGGGAUUAAACAAACCAACAGAGUAUGGUGGCAUGGCACUUGAUUUUACAUUUACCCUGGCUAUGGCUGAAGAAUUGGGAAAUGUCAACUGUGGUGGUAUUCCAAUGGCAAUUGGUGUUCAAAGUGACAUGUGUACACCUGCACUCACAAGAUUUGGUAGUGAUGAACUAAAACGGGAAUUUCUUGCCCCCUCUAUUGCUGGAGAUUUUGUUGGGUGUCUUGGAGUUAGUGAGCCUGGUGCUGGUUCUGAUGUUGCCAAUAUCAAAACCACUGCUGUAAAGAAAGAAGGGGAUUACAUCAUAAAUGGUGGGAAAAUGUGGAUAACCAAUGGCAUUCAAGCCGACUGGAUGUGUCUUUUGGCAAACACCAGUGAGGGUGCCAUACACGAAAAUAAGAGUUUAUUUGUUUUACCCUUAAACAUGCCUGGUAUAACAGUUGCCAAAGAUAUUAGAAAGAUCGGAAUGAAUUCUUCCGACACAGCACAGUUUUUCUUUGAAGAUGUCCGCAUACCUCAGAAAUUUCUGAUUGGUGAUGAAGGCAUGGGAUUUACCUAUCAAAUGUUGCAAUUUGUUGAUGAGAGAGUUUUUGGUGCUGCAUCAGUGCUACUUACAAUGGAAAGAGCGAUCGAAGAGACAGCAGAAUACUGCAGGCAACGUGAAGCGUUUGGCAAAUCAUUAUUACACAACCAGUACAUUCAAUUUAGAUUAGGAGAGUUGGCAACAGAAGUGGAACUGCUCAGGUCAUUGACUUACAGGACUGUUGAUCAAUUUGUACGAGGAGAAGACGUGAAUCUUAUGGCAAGCAUGGCAAAGUUGAAGGCGGGACGUUUAGCAAGAGAAGUGACUGACUCGUGUUUACAGUAUUGGGGUGGCAUGGGUUACAGUUCUGAAACAUUAAUAGGUCGAUUAUUCCGGGACUUGCGACUUCUUUCAAUCGGUGGGGGUGCUGACGAAGUGAUGUUGGGAAUUAUUUGUAAACUGGGAAACCUUGCUCCGUCCAAGAAAAAAUAGAAGUAUACAAAAUUUUAAUCGAUUUUAGUGUGUACUACCAUCAACACGUGCAGAUGCUGAUACACACAGACAUAGCUAAAUUUUAAUGUAAUGAGGUCUUUUUUCACAUAACUCAUUAAACAUGUUUUAUGUACUCAAUCGUUAAUUUAAAUGUAGUGAACAGAACAGACACUGUUUUGCUCGUCCUUUUGUUUUCCUUGUGUAAAUUUGUGUUUUGACAAAAUGAAAGACACAUAUGCAAUGAAAAACAAAACAUGCUCACAAAACUAAACCGAAGUGGAAUGUUUAGGCUGAUUUUUCUCAUUUGCCUGAUUUGGUAUUUGAACUCCUCGUACGGUUUUCUAUAUAGAAUAUUUGCGCGAUUUUCACGAAUUUUUGAGUUUUUAAAAGCAACCAAGCUUGUUCAUGUUAUGAUAUUCUUGAUAAUUACUGAAGGAUAGCACAUUUUGGCAUGUCUGGAGCCCAUAGCUCUCAAAAAUCCUUCCAGAUUUGAAAUUACUUGCUUAGAAAACUGAAAGUUCGCGUUGCGUUGACGAAUCGCGUCCGGUGUGUGUGGGCCUUAGGAAGCUAAACUACUCACCCCCUGAUCUACCAAAUAGCAUUAAUGUCAUUGAAUUUACCAUAGCUAUACAUGAUAACAUAGGAUUACACAUUAACGCUACAUGUUAGUCCGCAGUACUAGUGUGAUGAUGUAAUACCCAAUUUAUAUAUUAUUGUAAUUCCUUAACUUGGUCAAACUGUAUUAUCUGAAUAAAAAUUGUGCAAGCCUUGUCAUCAUCAAAUGAUUUCG